AUGGCACGGGCGGGUAAAACCUUUAUCGAGCUAUUGCAAACCUGUCGGCAGAGUAGCUUUGUCGAUUUUCGGCUGGACGGAGCAACCGUGCGUGAUCUAUCGCUAACGUCGGUCGGUCAGCUGUUGCGUAACAAUUUGCGCACGGCAAGGAACCAGCUGGGCAGCGGCAGUAGCAACAGCAACCCAAUUCCAAUGUACAGUGGAAGUAGCAAUCGUAGCGUACUGGAGAGCUUGGGCAUGGUCCAGCGUGCUAACGGCAACAAGGUGCCGAAACACCCGAUCGGCCUGCUGGUGGAGGAAGCGCGCACGAACCAGCUGGUCAGCCUAGGCGAUGGUUUUGCGCUGCAGCUGCCAGAAACUCUCGAGCUGCACACGACCUAUUUGCUGCCGCCAGCAAUGGGCAGCCAGUUCCUCUACCAGCUGCAGCGACAGCGCAAAAUCUGGUGGAUGCGUUGGUCCGUCGAUCCGGGCCGGUAUUUCAUCUCCGACAUGAGGCGCGACGAGGCAGACCAGGGCCGGACGACGGCCGUAUCGAUCUGUGCCCGGUUUCUGGACCGGUCCGAGCACGCGCAGAUGGUCGAGCUGGAACGGUUGGAGCUGUCCGAGGGCGAGCGGGUGGGCGAGCGGCAGGCAGCAAUAGUGCGCGUGGGGCACAACCUUGACCGAGCGGUACUUGCCAUCCUAAUGGACGCGCUCGAGUGUGCUGCCUCGGAGCGGUGCGUGAAGAUUCACCGCAAAAUAGCUCCAUAUAAGUGCGGUAUCGUCUGUGCGGGGGAAGAUGCUACAGUUGCUAACGUGCGGAAUGACUUGAUUGACCUCUCGAAGCAUCUAACCUACGUGCUGCGCGCCGCCAACCUUCCUGUCCACGAAAGCUUCUCCUUCGAACAGGCUUCGCCGGCGCUGGAUCGGCUGGAUCAAAUCGGCGUACCGUACGUCCUGCUCCUAGGGGCCGGAACGCUGCGCACCGGCCUGCUACAGCUGCGCUCCCGCGACACUACCCUGUCCGAAACGAUUCAUCUGUCCGAUCUGCCACACUACUUAGAGAGAAUAAUAAACGCGUAAAUGUAAACACCGCUA